CGCAAGCUACUGCCACAUGGUGGUAAAAAGGUGAAGCCGCAGUAACGGUGCGACCGGGCGAGGUAGCUUCGGAGACACGAAUGCGUAGAUCGUAGCAGAGGUGUAUCGGGAGGAAAAGGGAAUGGCGGCCGCGCUCUGGUACCGUCCUGGCCCCCACCAAGCACACCUGAGCGAACACCUGAGCGUCCCUGAGGCCACCUCUCUCGGAAGGCACGGACAAUCAUUAUAUCGCCAGUAUAACACUCGACUCCAUUCGAAUCCGUCCUCGUCGCCCGUCGUCGUUCAGAGUCGAAUUUUCUUAUCUCACGCGAGCUCCCUUUGCUUUUACGUAGAGCAAAGGGGCAGAGAGAGAGAGAGAGAGAGAGAGAGAGAGAGAGAGAGGGAGAGAGAAAGAAAACAUAAUUUUUCUUUUUCUCCUUAGUCCUUUUCUCCUUGUUCCUCCUCUUUGGUGAACGGAACAGCGUCUUUCGUGUUGACUCCAUCGAAGACAAGGACCAGUCCCAACGACAUACACGCACGCACGCACGCACGCACGCACGCACGCAUCGUGCAUCCACAUCGCGCACGUACCCACACGCUCAAAGCUAUAUACCGCGUGGCAAGGAGAAAUAAAUCGAAGAGAAGAGAAGACGGGAUCGAAGGGACACGAUCACAAUCGCGAUACGAUGAGUCUCUUCUUGGGAAAUAAGGAAAAUGUGACGUGAGACCGGCCUCGAAGACCCAAGAGACGUCAAAGGCGUACGCGAUAUCGAAGCCUUUCCUUUCUUCUCUCCCACCUCCAUUUUCAUUAUACAUACACUACAUUUUCCUAUAUGUCGCGAAAUACAGAGUCGCGCGAACACGACCAAAUGCACGCUACCAAAAUGUCAGCACGCGAAUGGACAAGUUUUCGUCCGAUCUCGCGCAGAAUCGUUACUGCAGCCUGCUGGAUCCUGGUGGCGCUAUGCGUCAGCGAGGUCAGCGGUCAAUUAUUGGACACGGAAUUUCAACCGACGGUAACGGCGACGUGCAAAGCCGGUUAUAUGACGAUUCGCGUGAAUCUCAACCAGAGCUUCGUAGGCGCGGUUCACGCCAGGGAUUAUCGGAGGCCUCAGUGUAUGGUACCCGGAAAUGGCUCGACGCACGCCACGCUCGGUAUAAACCUACUUGCGCCAAAAGGAGCACCGGAUUACUGUGGAGUACUCGUUAACAAUAAUACGGAAGAGCGAUCGGUCCCUAUCGCGGUGAGGAUACACAAGACUCUCGAGCUCGCCGACGACAAAUUUUAUGUUAUCACGUGCGGCAAGGCGGGCUUUAAAAAUGCCAAGAAUGAAACGUCGUUGGUGUCCUUACGGCUCUUGGACGGUUCUCAUAGAGUGCAAGAAGCUAUUUAUGGUCACAACUAUACCCUAAGAGCAGAAAUCUCUCGUCCGGAUGGAACAUACGGUAUCAGGGUGAAGUCCUGUUUUGCAUUUAACAAGAAAAAUGCAAGCGUUCAAUUGAUCGACGAGAAAGGGUGCCCCGUAAAAGCACGAGUCAUGACGAAAUUUAUAUACGAUCGAAACGCAGGCACGGCGGAUGCUACAUUGUUCUCCAUGUUCCGCUUUUCCGACAGUCCACAAGUGCAUUUCCAAUGUGACAUCGCCGUGUGCAGAGGAAGUUGUGGAACUCCUAUGUGCGACGAUGACAAAGACGAGGGGACAAAGGGUGGCUCCUCGAUCGGCGGACAAAACGUCGUCGGCGAGGAAGGAAUCCUUCUUGCCGGCACCAGCGUCUACGUUCUCGAUCCUGGAGAGAAACCUAUGGUUCAAGCGUCCUACGAAGACGGCACCAUCCAUCCGUUAUGGCUGUUGUGGUUGGCGGUCGCACUGGGAAUAUUGUUUCUCAUAAUGCUUAUCAUUAACAUAUUUCUGUGCUCGGCGAUGACCUGCAGUUGCUCUCAAACCGACAUCAUCGAGAAGGAGCCGUCGAUCGAAGAUUACGAUCCUUACCGUAGCUGGCACGGUUCUCAAUACGGAUAUUCGUUAAACGGCAAGCAAGGAUACGCUUCUGGCGGUUCGACGAUGAAUUCUACGAGGUCGAUAUCAACGAACAGCGAUCAUUAUGCUAUAGUCCAUUCACGUCCUGGUAGCAGAUAUUCCGGUCCUGGACAAAAGCAACAUCAUCAUCAUCAUCAUCAUCACAGAGGGCCACCGUCGAAUAUUGGCUCGCAUUACUCUGGAAAGUAAUGCUCGAUUAUUUCUAUUAAUGUUACUACUUCGAUCUGUUUCGAUUACGUUCUGUUCUCGAUUUUCGAUUGAUUUUCGACAGAACUUUUUUUCUUCUUCCUCUUCUUCGUAGAAGAGGCCGAAAGCUAGACAGACAUUUAAACGCCGAAAGAAAGUAUAUCUUAACGUUUAGUAUACUUUUAUAAUAGAUUAGAUUCUAUAUAGAGUUGCUAAUUCUUUCUUAUAGUACUGCUAUGUAUUUACUUACGUGUCAACAUGCGCGUCUCUACGAUUGAAGACGCGAAAGAAAUUUGACAAUAAUUAUAGGAUAAGUAAAAAUUUACUUAACUUCUUCUUCUUCUUCUUCUUCUUCUUCUUCUUAAUGCGAAUUUAGUGGUCAUUCACAAAAAUCUAUUGUUUCCGUACCAAGCUUCGUCUGUAUUAUAUAACAGUCAUAAAGUAUAGUCACAAUUAGCGUUUAUAUACCUUUUCGCAAUAUUAACUUUAAUUGAGCAGCGACGAGUGAGUGCUUUUGUAAAUAAAACCGUGAACCAUCUCUAACGACAGCGUCGAGCGUCGAUCGCAUUUUCAAUUUUUCAGACACAGCGUAUUGAGCGAGAGAGCGAGAGAGCGAGAGAGAACAAUGUAAUCUCAUAUUAAUAAAUAAGUACUUUUACAUCGAUACGCAUGUAAUACGUAAUUAAAGACGUUUCUACUUGCGUAUACAUGCCGACUGUUGUUAUUACUUAUGUUAGAAAUCAUUUUCGUACUAUUAAAUGAUAUUUUUUAUUAUUACGGACAAGUGUGUGAGAAAUUAGUACACAUUACUUCCGAGCUAUUUUAUACUUUGUACUUGAAACGCCAAUCAAAAAAUAAACUUUAUAGAAACUAA